GUUACGCACGCUUAUAUAUAAACAAAUUCAGUGUUAAAAUAUUUUGUAAAAUUAUCUUCUCUUUCUAUUUUCUUGGUUCUCAAAAGUAGCAAUAGCAAUUGAGAGGAGUCAUUGUUGUUUUUGCAACUCCAUAGCUAGCUUCUGUUUUUCUUUUUAUUAUUUUUUUCUUUCUAAUUUUUCCCGCUACAUUGAAGACAACAAAAUCAAGUUACUGAACAUAAAAAGGACCCAUUUUUUACUUGACAAUUUAAUUUUAUUUCACACGUUGAAUGUGGAAAAUGCGUAGUAUCAAUGUGCUAUUAGUGUUGUAUGUAGUUUUCUUUUCACUGUUUUGCUCCUCAGUGAAAGCCACUGUUUCCUAUGAUGACAGAGCUAUAAUCAUCAAUGGUAAACGAAGGAUUCUUAUUUCUGGUUCAAUUCAUUACCCAAGAAGCACUCCCGAGAUGUGGCCUGAUCUUAUUCAAAAGGCUAGAGAUGGAGGCUUAGAUAUUAUAGAGACAUAUGUCUUCUGGAAUGGACAUGAACCCUCUCCUGGAAAAUUUAACUUCGAGGGAAGGUAUGAUCUGGUUAGGUUUAUCAAGUUGGUAAAACAAGCAGGCCUCUAUGUUAAUCUCCGCGUUGGCCCUUACAUUUGUGGAGAGUGGAACUUUGGGGGCUUUCCUGUUUGGCUAAAAUAUUUACCUGGUAUGGAAUUUAGAGCAGACAAUCACCCUUUCAAGUUGGCAAUGCAAGGAUUUGUUCAAAGAAUUGUCAGCAUGAUGAAGUCUGAAAAAUUGUUUGAACCUCAAGGAGGGCCAAUUAUUUUGUCACAGAUAGAAAAUGAGUAUGGACCAAUUGAGUGGGAAGUUGGUACUCCUGGUAAAGUUUAUACAAGAUGGGCAGCUGAAAUGGCUGUGGGUUUAGAUAUUGGAGUCCCAUGGAUCAUGUGUAAGCAAGAGGAUGCUCCUGAUCCUGUGAUUGAUGCGUGCAAUGGCUUUUACUGCGAAGAUUUCCUUCCUAAUAAGCCCUACAAACCUAAAAUGUGGACAGAAGUCUGGACUGCUUGGUAUACGAAAUUCGGUGGUCCAGUUCCUAGCAGACCAGCAGAAGAUGUAGCAUUUUCAGUUGCAAGGUUUAUUCAGAACAAUGGUUCAUUCUUCAAUUACUACAUGUACCAUGGGGGAACAAAUUUUGGUAGGACAAGUUCAGCACUUUUCAUUGCCACUAGCUAUGAUUACGAUGCUCCACUAGAUGAAUAUGGGCUGCUAAAUGAACCAAAGUAUGGGCACUUGAGAGAUCUGCAUAAAGCUAUCAAGCUAUCUGAACCAGCAUUGGUUUCAUCAUAUCCAACAGUGAAUUGGCUGGGAAAGAAUCAAGAGGCUCAUGUAUUUAGAUCAAAAUCCGGGGAUUGUGCUGCAUUCCUGUCCAACUAUGACACUAAAUAUUCAGUUCAACUCACCUUUCAGAAUAUCCAAUAUGACCUUCCUCCCUGGUCCAUCAGCAUUCUUCCCGAUUGCAAAACUGCUGUUUACAAUACUGCAAGGAUUAGCUCCCAAAGCUCACAGAAGAUGAUGACACCUAUAGAUGGCGGAUUAUCUUGGCAUUCAUACAAUGAAGAAACUCCCUCAUCUGAUGACCGUGACACACUUUCAGCCAAUGGACAAUUGGAGCAGAUAAAUAUUACUAGAGAUUCCUCGGACUAUCUGUGGUACAUGACAGAUGUAAACAUAGGGUCUGAUGAAGGAUUCCUAAAGAAUGGAAAGGAUCCUUUUCUCACUGUUAUGUCUGCUGGUCAUGCCAUGCAUGUCUUCAUAAACGGCCAACUAUCAGGAACUGCUUAUGGAGGAUUAGAUAAUCCAAAAUUGACAUAUAGUGGCAAUCUGAAACUAAGAGCUGGUAGUAACAAGAUUUCUUUGCUCAGUGUUGCCGUUGGUCUCCCGAAUGUAGGCUUGCACUUUGAGACAUGGAAUACUGGAGUUCUUGGUCCAGUCACAUUGAGUGGUCUCAAUGAGGGGACAAGAGACUUGACAAUACAGAGAUGGUCUUACAAGGUUGGUCUAAAAGGUGAAUCAUUAGGUCUUCAUACCUUAAGUGGAGGUUCCUCUGUUGAAUGGGUUGAAGGUUCACUUUUGGCUCAAAAGGAGCCCAUGACCUGGUACAAGGCUACAUUUGAUGCACCUGAAGGAAAUAAUCCACUAGCGUUAGACAUGGGAAGUAUGGGAAAAGGUCAGAUAUGGGUAAAUGGCGAAGGUGUAGGUCGUCACUGGCCUGGAUAUAUAGCGAAGGGCCAUUGUGGUGACUGCAAUUAUGCAGGAAUUUACACUGAGAACAAAUGUCAGACAAACUGUGGACAGCCUUCUCAAAGAUGGUAUCAUAUCCCUCGAUCAUGGCUGAAACCAAAUGGAAAUCUGUUGGUAGUGUUUGAAGAAUGGGGUGGUGACGCAACCAAAAUCUCUUUGGUUAGAAGAGAAACUGCCAGAAUUUGUGCAGAUAUUGUAGAUGACCAGCCAACUCUUAAAAACUGGCAUAUGGCGAGCUCUGGAAAGUCAAAUAAUAUGCAUCCAAAAGCUCAUCUAUGGUGUCCAAAUGGGCAGAAAAUCACAAAAAUACAGUUUGCAAGUUACGGAAUGCCACAAGGAACUUGUGGAAACUUCCGUGAGGGUACCUGCCAUGCUCACAAGUCAUAUGAUGCAUUCGAAAAGAAUUGCAUUGGAGAGCAAUCUUGUUCAGUAAAUGUUGUACCUGAGGUUUUCGGAGGAGAUCCUUGUCCAAAUACUUCAAAGAAAUUAUCAGUGGAAGCUAUUUGCAGCUGAGAUUAUCAAAGAUUGUUGGAAACAAAUAGUGAAACCAAAACCAAUUCAUUUUGAAUAACGAAAUACUUGAUUACAGGAAUAUAGUCUUCAUGAAAAUUUUGCUUGCUUCUUUGCAAUCUUUGAUUUCACACUCGAGGGCAACUGAUUCGAUUAUUGGAUUGAAGAAAUUGUAUAGCAUAUCUAUACCACAGGUCUUAGAGGACAGAUGAUUCGUGUGUAGAUAGAGGAAGGGGUUAUGACUGUUUGCGGAAUAACAUAAGUUGCCAGGGAGCUAAGUUUUCCUUUAUAAUUGUAAUAAUCUUACUACAUAAAGUUUAAUUAAAUGAUUUCUAUACAA